AUGGCGCAUUCAUUUGAAGAAGCCGCUCUGUGGAAUCCAACAACAGACGAGCUCAAAUUGCUUCCUCAAUCCUCAGUCCCGCGCCCUCCUCGGACGAGAAAGUCUGUCUUUUGUCACGGAUUUGGAUUCGAUCAUCACAACGACUACAAGGUGAUUAGAUUUAUCGAGUAUAAGUGUCUUGACGAUUAUACUGAAAAUAUUCUAGUUGAGCUGUAUUUGCUUAAAACUGAUUCCUGGAAGGAAGUCGUGUAUCCCUAUUUCCCUAUGACUCCGGAAACUGCUUCAAUGAUAACCUAUUUCUUGCCGAUUUUUAUGGGCACCUCGCCAUUUUUGUCUACAGUCGUCAUAAAUUAA